AUGGCAUACUUGGGACUCCCUCGGAGAAAGUAUGCACGACAGGAGGACAACGGAGCACGAAAAUCCUACCUCUACUAUGCUGAACGUCGAAAACAACACCUCGAAAAUGGACCAACAUUGCCGCAAUAUGCAUCCAACACGAACAUAUCAGCAGCUUCAGUGAGAGGGAAGUGGAAUCGGUUCUGCUCCCGAGCUGGCCUGGAUCCAGAUAUUCUGCUUGAGAACCUGACCGCGGCAGAUGUUAAGUCCUGGUUUGAUUGGAUUGAGAAGAACUUCGAGGGCUCUAUUAAAGCUCACAGCGCACUUGCCAACUACUGGAGAACCUUGAAGAGACUUUACUUCAUGCAAAACCGCCAUGAAAUGGAGACCAGAAUGCAGGGAGAUUGCCUCAACUACAUGAAUGUUGUGAGCAAGUGGAUGGGCUUGUGUAGGCAUCCACUUCCCAAGCCAACGGCAGCCUCGGAUGAUCUCUUGCAUUUUCUCAUCACGCACAUGGUCCACUGCGAUUCCGUCGACUCUGUACUUGCAGGACUCAAUUUGUCAAGUGUUUCCGCUUGUCGGGCAGUGUCAUUAUUUGAUACAAGACAUCCUGUUGACUUCCAAGCAGAUGGUCGUCCGCUCCAGCACUCUGAAGUGGAGCGAUGCAAUGAUAGUAUAAAGUCUCAGAAUUUACCUGAUAAGCCCGGGAACCAAGAAGCCGCAGGUGAUUCCGGUUACGAGACAGGUAUAGAAAGUUAUCUAAGCGAACCGGAAGAAGCUGACCUGGAUGAUCCUUCAUACAAUGAAUUUGGUUCAGAGACAGAGAGCAACACUGACUGCGAUUCAGACACUUCCAGCGUCACAAAUGAUGGGUAUCUUGAGGGUGAUGAGGAGACUUGCACCAUACUUUGGAGGCACAUUGAAUUCUAUAUUGUCCGCAAUCCACUACCUGACAGUCGCAACAUACUAGCCGCCAUUGUGACUCUUCUCCACACGAAAGGGGAGGACCGGAAGCCAAGGAUCAAGAGAUUUGUGGUCGAACAUGAAGAUAAUCCAAUAUUUGACUUACUGUCCCAACUGUUGUCAUUGGCAAUUGACGACGGCAUCUUCGUUGCGACGAUCAAAGACAAGGCAGACAUCUACACCAUGCCGAUUCCAUCACACCGCAGAGGCAUUCAAAUGAAAAUCAAGAAAGAGAAGUUGGAUAUUCCGAUAUUCCGUGAACCUGAACACACUGCAGAAGGUUACCGAACAUCUGACACCCAGCCACUGAAGUCGCGGACAUGGAACAGAGCACCGUCAUCGGUUCGUGAUCAGGUUGCGGACCACGAGUCAAAUGCUGUCAAAUAUUACCUUAAUGAAGUUGUGGACUUUGAUACAGCAGCAGCGUUUCAUAAAAGACCGUCAAAUGAGAUCGUGCAGAGAGAGCUGCGGUCAGCAACACUUCUGGCAGACAGUACUGCCCCUAUCAGCCUGACAGACGUGCAGUCCCAGAAGAUUUCCAAUGAUCCUGAAGUUCGCCGCCUCAGGAAGGCUUGUCGAGAUUUGACGCCAAAAAUUCAUGGAAUGGGAUAUAGAGCCAUUAAGGACGCGGCCAGGACAGAAAUAGGAGAACAGAAGAGGCGAGCAAAUGCAGAACUGAGCAGCAUGCUCACCGGCUUGCGAGACAAGGCCAAAGAAAAGAACUGGAAGAGGCAUUUUAGGAAUACCGACACUGCGAUUUUCAACCAACAGUAUGACGAGAGUGCUGGCCCGGAGAGAAGCAAGUGUCGGAGUCAAUUGCCUUGUCAUUACCAGAUUCCCGAACAGGCAGAGCUAGUCCGCCUCCUGUGCUACUCUGCAAUCGCCAAAACGACAGAAGAAGCCCACCAUCGCCGACUAGCGUAUAUUCGCCUUAUGGUCCGCUGGCAGGGUCGAAAGGAAAGCCCACGUCAAGGGAAGCAGGGAGUGAUCACAAUGCAACAUCUGCCAGCUCCGAAGCCACCCAGAACUGAAAUUAUUACUGAGAGAUAUGACCCUUUGAGAUACGACUGUUUGCAAUGCCUGUUUUGCCUCUCAGACACACGUCUACUUCUGCCUGAGCGGGAAAAGCGGAAGAGCAAGAUCAAUAAGCUAUGGGAUCACGUAGAGAACAUUCACCAGCAGGAACUUGCGGUGUUUGACACCGGCAAUCGCCGUUGUGGGAUAUGUGGCAUACAGAACAUUGAUUUUAUACCUUCCAAUGUGUCGUGUUUCAAAAAUCAUACCCAGACAGUCCAUGGGAUCAGGCUACGUCCGUGA